CUUCUUUUUCCUUUCUUCCUUUUUCCUCACACGCUAAACUUUUCUCUCCCCUUUUAAUUCCCCUUUCUUUCCCCUCUGUCGAUCCAGACCUAAUCGAGCAUCAGCCUCCUUAUCCUUAAAUUCUCGUCGGAAUCCUUAGCAGCGGCGGCGCCGGAGGAGCGAGCGAACCAGAAACAGAGCAGACGAAACAGGGGAAGGUCGGGAACAGAGUGGCCGUGAACAAAAAAAAAAAAAAAGGCCGAUCAGAGAACGACGAAACGGAGCGGGUGAGAGACAGUGGUGGUCGCAGAGGGAUAUACGAUGAUGCUGCGCUCUUGCUGCCGGCCGUUGGAGAGAUGCUUCGCCCGACGCGGCGGCGGUGGUGGUAGCGAUGGGCUGUUGUGGCACUCGGAUUUGAAGCCGCACGCCUCGGGCGACUAUUCGAUCGCGGCCGUCCAGGCGAAUUCGAACAUGGAGGAUCAGAGUCAGGUUUACACGUCUCCGUCGGCGACUUAUGUUGGGAUUUACGACGGACAUGGUGGCCCGGAAGCUUCUAGAUUUGUCAACAAGCACCUCUUCCCUUUCAUGCACAAAUUCGCGAGUGAGCAAGGGGGUUUGUCUGUUGAUGUGAUAAAGAAGGCAUUCAAUGCAACUGAAGAGGAAUUCUGGCAUUUAGUGAAGCGAUCACUCCAAGUGAAGCCUCAAAUUGCUUCUGUAGGUUCUUGCUGUCUGGUUGGUGCCAUAUCCAACGAGGUGUUAUACGUAGCUAACCUCGGGGACUCGAGGGCAGUGCUUGGCAGAAAGGCGAAUCAAGAUAAGAGAAAAUCGGUGAUUGCAGAAAGACUAUCAACAGACCACAAUGUUAAAGUUGAGGAAGUUAGGAAAGAGGUUGAGGCACUUCAUCCUGAUGAUUCCCAGAUUGUCAUGUUUGCUCGUGGUUGUUGGAGGAUAAAGGGCAUAAUUCAGGUGCUUGCUACAAUUUGGCUCCCUUUUUGAGUUUCACUAGAAACCUGUCUGUUGGGAAUUUCGUUUUUGGUGAAAAUUGGCUGUUAUUAGUGUGGUACUGCAGUUACGGUUUCAGGUGAUUUAGAGUAAAAUGGAUUCUGGUGCAACGCCUCGUCCUGGCCAACGUCUCAUGCUACAAAGUUAAGCAGUUUUUUGACUUCCAUGCAUGAGAUGAACAUGAUGGGCGGCCCCCCUGAACACAAUAAUCCUUGUUUAAUUACAGGAAGGCUAGUUUCCCCCCCUAUUUCUUGCAUAUCAGGAAAUACUUGCUUCUUCUAUGGUGACUUUUGACUGUUUUGCUUAGCGUCUCACAGUUUAGUAGAGCCUUUACUUACUACUGCAUUAAUAACAUUGCUCUGAAUUUCCAUGUGUUUGUUAUUACCUUACAGGUAUCAAGAUCUAUCGGGGACAUAUAUCUAAAGAAGCCUGAGGUCAAUCUAGAUCCUUUCUUCCAGCAAUUCGGCAAUCCUGUCCCCUUGAAACGGGCUGUGGUGACAGCAGAACCUUCAGUUCUAAUAAGGAAGCUGAUGCCAGAAGAUCAAUUCCUCAUAUUUGCUUCAGACGGUCUUUGGGAACAAUUGACUGACGAAGAAGCAGUAGAGAUUGUGUUAAAUAAUCCCAGAGCCGUGAGUUCCCCCCAUAUCUUUCAACCAGAGAGUUCCAUUGCCGCUGUAAGAAAAUCUUGUGGCUAUAGCCUAUAGUGUAGUUUGUCUUAACCUGUGUGAGCUGGGGUUGAAUUGCAGGGAAUUGCAAAGCGACUGGUGAGAGCUGCCCUCAAUGAAGCAGCAAGGAAGAAAGAGUUGAGAUACGAUGACAUAAAGAAUGUAAGGAAGGGUGUAAGGCGGCACAUUCACGAUGAUAUCACUGUGAUCGUGAUAUAUCUUGAUCGACACAGAAGGUCUUUUCCAAAUGGCAGAUUGAAGAAGAACGCCAUCGGCUGCACAUAUGCUCCCAUGGAUAUUUACUCUCUUUACACCGCAGAUUAGCCACAGAACACAGUCGUCUUGAUAUGUUCGGUUGCUCUCAGCUCGAGCUUUUUUCGGGAAUAACCAAAUGACUCUCUAACUGCUGCAAUGGUGAUUACUUUUCUUUGGGCUGUGAGAUUGAGGUAACUAUGACAAAUAUGUCUGGGAUGCGGUUACAGUGUGUACAUAGUCAAAGCUAUUGAUGAAAGCUGAAUUGGGGGAGAGCCAUAUGUUGGUGAAGACUUAUUUCUUUUGCCUCUAUAAAUCCUAGCUCUUGUGCGGGAUUGGAUAUCUGACCGUUGUUUU